AAAAAGCAGUUUGAAGAUUUAUACAACUUGGACAUAGACAGACUUUAUUUGUCAUUUCGGAUUUUCAUCAGAAAUUAAAUUUCGAUGCAAUGGCAAUGUGGCACAGCCGCCUUGUUUUGGGAUGAUAUCUGUGGCAGAAGCUUGUUCCUGUAUAAAUAUCUGAGGCACCAGCGAGCAGAGGGGUUACUCAGGAUUUAGCAGCUGAGGAGCAGAUUUAAAUGAAAGUCAUGGACGUACUCCACCAUUUCUUUGUCUUCCUGUGUAUACUUCAUCUGGCCUUGAGCGGAGUGUUGACCAAAUACAAUGAGCACCGAAACCUGUUUACACAGCGAGUGUGCUGCAAGAGACAGAGCCACUUUGUGUACAUUGGACAAGAUAUUUCUGGAAGUCCUGUUAGUGUAGACGUGGGACUGUGCAGAUCACACUGCGGGGUGACAACACGAUCAUCACAUGACGCAAGCCAGCAGGAAUACUCACAACAUUCCUCAAUGCUGGAGUUUCUCAGGAGCAAGAAAAAGAGGACCCGGGGACCGGCCGCCUCGGGCCUGUCGGAGCCGCUGCAGCAGCGGCCGUCCUGCGGGAUGGAGCAGGCGUGCGAGCCGACCGGGGUGCGCGUGGAGCGGCUGCUGCUGUUCCAGGGGCCCCGGGAGGUGGAGGUGGUGCAGGACUGCAGCUGCGAGGUCAGGCUGGACCAGUGCCUGCGCGUCCCCAAGCUCAAGACAUACUUCCCCGAAACACCGUACGAGACGGUCAUAGACGUGGGAGGAUGUUCCCGAUCCAAGGGUUCCCCAGAGGGAUUCUCCUGCGUCCCUACUAAGUUUGACCCAGCCUUGGUGGAGACCCCCAACAAGAUGGAUUUGAUCCAGACUGUGGUGGCCUGUGAGCUCAAGGAAAGCUGCUAUAGGGUGCCAUAUGUGGAGUAUUAUUAUGAAGUAGUCCACCAUGCAGAUGGACUCAAAGAAGAGAAGCUCAGAGAAAUAGAUGUGGGCAGAUGUUUGGGAGGCUGCACAACAGGAAACCAAUGUCUUCUCAGGAAUCCGACUGAUCCAGAUAUCUGCCAGUUAUGGUCUGAAAAACAGUCCAGCUCAUGUGUUCCUCAGAGCCACGAGAGCCACAGCUUCAUCAACCAGCACAUGCAGAUUCGCACGGUCCUCUCCAUCACCUCCUGCGUCUGCCAACACUAAACAGCAUCCUCUGGAAAACAACCCGCCAUUCCCCAAGUGACUUUAAAGGAAAACAAUCCACCAUUCCCCAAGUGACUUUAAAGAAACUGGCACUCAUCCCUGGCUUUCUCCUCCACGAUACUGACACGAAGUUGCUACCUUAAAGUUCUAUUGUAUUAUAUGUAAUAUAUAUGUAGAAAUGAUAAUUUUGUAAAUAAAUUUAAUGUGAAAAUCUUAUGGUUUGUUAUUAUACCAUGAACAAAGUGUGCACUGAAAGGCAAUGGUAUAGCCUUUAUCAAUUGCCAUAGUUUGUUUAAAAAUAAAAAAAAACAUUCAAACUUCUUGUUUCAGGUAAGAAAAUGAAAAGACAUAUGUGUUGUAG